AUGGACCCAUAUCGGAAUCUUCGCAAUUGGAAUAGGGGGGAUCCAUGUACUUCAGAAUGGACAGGGGUUUUUUGCUAUAACACAUCACUGGAUGAUGGUUAUCUUCAUCUCAGAGAAUUGCUUCUGAAUGGAAAUCAACUGACAGGUUCCUUGCCCGAUGAGAUUGGUUUUCUUCCUAACUUGGACAGGAUACAAAUUGACCAGAACAAAAUAUCUGGAUCUAUACCUACGUCAUUUGCUAACUUGAGCAACAUAAAGCACUUCCACAUGAAUAAUAAUUCACUUAGUGGGCAAAUACCACCACAGUUGUCCAGACUUCCAAAACUUGUUCACUUGUUGCUUGACAAUAACAACUUAUCGGGAUAUCUUCCGCCGGAGCUUUCUGAAAUGCCAAGUUUGCAGAUACUGUACAUAUUUACUUUGGUUAUUCCAUAA